AUGGUGCCGCGUUUGCUCGGGUUCGUCCCCACCGCAGUUCCCAUGAUCGUCACGCUGUUGGGCGGGCUGGACCUGCUCUUCGGGACCCGCCGCGCGCCUCUGCUCGCGGGCAUGGUCGUGGCAGCGAUCGUGUGCACGCACGUGUUGUUCUGGGGGUGUGUGGUGUACGCGGGUGCGGCGGCGGCGACGAGCAUGACGGGAGAUUUCGGCAGCCUGGUUUUCUUUUCUUCGGUGCCGGCGCUGGUGUACGGCAUCAUUGCGACCUUCAGCACCAAAGACUCGAGGAUGGCUGCGAUCAAGUCCGUGAUCAUCGCCCCCAUCGCGCUCGUGAUCCUGCCGAGUCUGGGAUCGAUCUAG